AUGGCCAGCUCGUCUGCCGACCCGGAGAAGCUCAUGGCCAAGGCCGACAAACUAACAAAACUGAGCUUCACAAGAUGGAAUGCUGAUUGGAAGAGUGCUACCGCCUUGUACGAACAAGCUGCAAUUGCUUAUAGAUUCAGAAAGGACAAUGAGAAAGCAAAGGAUGCAUUUGAGAAGGCUUCAAAAGGACAAGAAAUGAUCUCAUCACCGUGGGAUGCUGCUAAGCAUAUGGAAAAUGCUGGUGCUUUAGCAAAGGAGCUUGGACUCUGGAAUGAAGUUUCGGACUUUUAUCGCAGAGCAUCAGAAUUUUACCGUGAAUGUGGAAGAUCGCAACCUGCCUCUGAUGCUCUUGCAAAGGGUGCCAGUGCCUUGGAAGAUAAAGCUCCAGAAGAAGCAACUAAAUUGUAUGAUGACGCUUGCACACUUCUAGAAGAAGAUGGAAAGGAGCAGAUGGCUUUUGACUUGUACCGUGCUGCUGCAAGUUUAUAUGUGAAGCUUGAGAAGUACUCGGAUGCCGCUGCAUUCCAUUUAAGACUUGGUUCAGCUGCUGAUAAGUGCAAUGCCGUCAACAGCCAAUGCAAGGCCUAUCUGAGUGCAAUCAUUAUCUACCUUUAUGCACAUGAUUUUCAACAAGCUCAGAAAUGCUACAAUGAUUGCUCAGAGGUUCAAGGCUUCCUGAAUAGUGACCAGAAUCGAUGUGCAAUGAAACUGUUGUCUGCUUAUGAGGAAGGUGAUGCUGAAGAAAUCAAGCGUGCUGCUCAAUCAAGUGCCAUUAAUCACCUCGACCAUGUGGUAAUUCGGCUCGCAAGGAAGCUACCAACAGGUGACCUGCAGGCCAUCAAGAAAGAUGUAGGAGACGACGACGGGGAUUCCUUGGACGAGGAUGACCUAACUUGA